AUGAUCGACAUUGAGGAUUUCAUUGAGGCCCGCGGGGGCAACCCCGAGAAGAUCAAGGAGUCCCAGCGCCGGAGAGGCGAGUCUGUGGAGCUCGUCGACGAGAUUAUUGAGAUGUGGCAGGUGAAUCGCAAAGCGCAGUACGAGGUCGACCAGAUUGGCACCAGAAUCAACGCCAUCCAGAAGGAGAUCGGACUAAAGAAGAAGAACAAGGAGAAUGCAGAUGAUCUGCUACAACAGAAAACCGACCUGCAAAAGCAGAAGAAGGAUGAAGAGGAGGCAGUUGCGCUAAAACAGGUCGCGCUUCGCAAGAAGGUUGGCCUCGUUGGCAACUACGUGGCCGACAGCGUCCCUGUCAGCGACAAUGAGGACAACAAUGAGAUCGUGCGAACGUGGUCUCCGGAAGGGUUCGAGGCGGGCCAGAAGAAGAAGUUGUCACACCACGAGGUGCUGCUAAGACUCGACGGCUACGACCCCGUGCGUGGUGUGAAGCUAGUCGGACACCGAGGCUACUGCUUGACGGGCUAUGGCAUGUUCCUGAACAUGGCUCUGAUCAACUACGGAAUCCAGUUCCUCUUCGAGCGAGGCUACACCCCGAACCAGCCACCUUUCUUCCUAGAUCGUCAGCAAAUGGCGAAGACUGCCCAGCUUUCUCAGUUCGACGAGGAACUCUACCGUGUCUCAGAGAGCAGCGAGAACACCGCAACAGACCGGUAUCUCAUUGCCACUAGCGAGCAGCCACUCUCCUGCCUCCACUCAGACGAGUGGCUCCUGCCCGGCCAAUUGCCAAUCAAGUAUGCCGGCUACAGCACUUGCUUCCGUAAAGAGGCUGGCAGCCAUGGCCGAGAUGCCUGGGGUGUCUUCCGUGUACACCAGUUCGAGAAGGUGGAGCAGUUUGUGAUCUGCAAGCCGGAGGAUAGCUGGAAACACUUUGACGAGAUGAUUGAGAUCUCAGAAGAGUUCUACAAGUCUCUCGGUCUCCCUUACCAAAUCGUCAGCAUCGUGUCCGGAGCACUAAACAACGCCGCUGCGAAGAAGUACGAUCUUGAGGCAUACUUCCCCUUCCAAGCGGAGUUCAAGGAGCUCGUCUCCUGCUCCAACUGCACAGAUUACCAGACACGCGAGCUUGAGAUUCGCUACGGUACAAAGAAGGGCAAGAACGACAUAGGUGGCACAAGAAAGGAGUAUGUGCAUGCUCUGAAUGCGACCCUAUGUGCAACGGAGCGAACCAUGUGCUGCGUGCUAGAGAACUACCAGACGGAAGACGGCUUCAUUGUGCCGGAGGUACUGAGGAAAUUCAUUCCUGGCCAACCGGAAUUCCUUCCCUUCGUCAAGGAGGCCGAGCAGCCAGGAAAGGCGCUGCCGGUGAGGGAGAAGCAGAAGAAAUGA